AUGCGUGUUAUUGUAUUGCCUGUAUGUCAACUUGAAUCUUAUCCACAUGUUCUACUUAAAUAUGAUUUUCAAAUUAAUCCAUUAUUAUCAACAUCGUCUGAUAUAAAUAAAAGAAUUUUAUCAAAAAAUAUUCAUUCAAAAGAAUUUUAUUUAACACCUUAUUAUUUAUCUAUACUUCCAUCAGGUUCAAUUCAAACUGUAUGUGAAAUAAUAAAAAAUUCAAAUAUUCUUCGAUAUUUAUUUAAUAUAACAAAUAAAGAUGAAGAAAAUAUUGAAAAUAAGAUUGAUUUCAAAGGCCAUUGUCGAUUUAUUGCUUUUGGUCCUGAAAUUGAUAUUUGUAUAUGUACUUUACUUAUUCCACAUAAAUCUUCAAUUGAAUUAAAUUAUAUUGAUCAAACAGAUCCACCAAUUUUUUCUCGUCAAAAUUCUGCACUAAAUUAUGUUCGUUCAUUAUCUAAUAGAUCAAAUAAAGAAAAAAAUAUUUCAAAUGAACAUUUAUUAUUUAUUGAACGUGAUACUGUUCAUUUAUGGAUAUCAUUACGUGAUAUAUGUAAUAAAUUAAUUCAUAUUGAUCGUAUACUUAAACAACCAGGUAUUUUAUCAAAAUUAAUUCAUAUUGAAAGUUGGAUACAAUCAUAUGAUGAUAAUAGAAAUGAAUCAAUAAUAAAAAUAAAUAAUAAUAUAUCAUCUCAACUAAUUAAAGCACGUGCACGUACAAUUAUUUGGGAUAUAAUGGAAUUAAAAAAUGAAAUAUCAUAUCCACGUCCUGUUCAUGGACGUAUUCCAAAUUUUCGAAAUAAUCCAAAUUGUUCAAUUAAUUUAGCACAACUUGAAGAAUUUCAACAAGCACGUGUUAUUGAAAUUUGUCCAAGUCUUGCACAAGAACAUUUACGUUUAUUUUCAUUAUCAGAAGGAAAAAUACUUCUUACGCCAGCACCGUCUAUUGAUAAUGCACUUUUUUAUAAACUUGAUCCAAAAUUUUUACGUGUACAAGAUUUAUCACGAGCAGCAACAAAAUCCGGUGCAGCUGCUCUUGGUACAAUUGUUGAUUUAACAUCUGUUGGAAAACUUCAUGUAGAUAUUUUUGUUGUUGCUUCUGUGGUUGUUAAUCCCAUAAGUGGUGCUCGAGUAGGUAAGGGUAAAGGUUAUGGAGAUAUUGAAUAUGCAAUGAUGCAUCAAUUAGGUGCAUGUAAUAAUAAAACACUUGUUGUUACAACUGUACAUGAAAGUCAAUUACUUAAUGAUCUUCCAGAAUCUGUCAUGACUGAACAUGAUUUACCAGUGAAUGUUAUAAUAACACCACAACGUAUAAUUUAUACUCAAAAUAAAUUUUCACGUCCAAAAGAACUUAAUUGGAAUGAUAUUGAUAAUGAAACAAUGCUCAAUUUACCUGUAUUAAAAGAAUUUAAACGUCUUCAUCAACUACAACAAUCAUUUAGUAAAUCAUCAUAA